CUGGCGGUCGGCGCGGCCGCGCUGGGAAAACAGAGCCCGGUGAAGGUCCUGUCGGACGGCAUGUGGCGGGAGCUGCUGCAGGGCGAGUGGAUGGUGGAGUUCUAUGCCCCGUGGUGUCCCGCCUGCCAGAACCUGCAGCCCGAGUGGGAGAAGUUUGCCGAGUGGGGCGAGGACCUGGAGGUGAAGAUCGCCAAAGUGGAUGUCACGGAGCAACCGGGAUUAAGUGGACGAUUUAUCAUAACAGCUCUUCCUACCAUCUAUCACUGUAAAGAUGGAGAGUUCAGGAGAUACCAGGGUGCAAGAACUAAAACUGAUUUCAUAAAUUUCAUCAGUGAGCAGGAAUGGAAAUCCAUUGAACCAGUCUCAUCAUGGUUUGGUCCUUCUUCUUUCCUGAUGAGCAGUAUGUCAGCUUUGUUUCAGUUGUCAAUGUGGAUCAGGCACUGCCAUGGUUAUUUAACAGAAAAGGUUGGGAUACCAGUCUGGGGCUCAUAUGCUGUUUUUGCAUUGGCAACUCUGUUCUCUGGACUGAUUCUGGGACUUAUAAUGGUGUUCUUGGCAGACUGUAUCUGUCCAUCCAAAAGGCACAGACCACCACAGUACCCUCAUUCAAGAAAGCUAGCUCCAGAGUCAGCUCAGCUGCUGAAAAAGCUGGAUGAAGAGCAAGAAGCAGAUGAGGAAGAUAUCUCAGAUGAUGAAAUGGAGGGUAAAGAGCUGUCUAACAGAAGCUCGUCACCGUAUGCUGUAAGGCAACGCCCAGUGACUGCUGCUUCUACAAUGGAUAAAUCUUAGCUGUAUUUACAUGCAGGAUUAGUGUUUGAGUCACCAACUCGGAAGGAGAUAAAUGUCAAAUCCUUCAGCUUGAAGAGAGGAAUGACUCCUGUCAUGGUAAUAUUGAUGCAUUUCAUGAAUUCAGAGAGAAAAAAAAAAGCAUCUUUGGCAUCAGGUAUUCAAAACUAAAACAUGCUGUUGCAAAUGGCUGAAACUUCUCCUGUCUGUGUGCAGAGAAGUGCUAAGAAAUAAUUUAUGUGGCUUCUUGAAUGACUUGUUCUAUAGGGAUUUUUUUUUUUUUUAACAGAAUGUAAACCAGUGUACUUGUUGCAUUAGGGAGCAUUAGCAAGGAAAAUGCACUAACCUGUUUGCUGUUAAAGCAUUCAAAAAUGUUUCUCGGUGUAAAUCUUAUCUAGGUUGUGCUCUGAAGAAAUGCUGAGGGGAAAAGUUCCUUCAGUUAUGGGACGUAUUCCAGGCUUUUUAUGUGACAAAAACUGCUUUCUGCUAUGACAAUGAGUGCUACAGACCCCCCCCAAUCUUUCUUCUUCCAAAGAGAUGAGUUGCUGUCUUCGUUUAGAGGAACAGAAGCUGCUAGAGAGCUUGUCUUUGCCAUACUCCCAGGUGGAGGCUGCCACAAGCACUCCGUGUAGUGUAGAUUCUCUGGCUGACCAGAAACCUGCUGUUUGCAUCGAUUUCUUCUAGAAAAAACAGUAGAAAACUAUAGGAGCUUCUUGGCGAACUAAUUCUGCUCUAGAAAUGAUUACAAGUAGCACCGUGAAGUCUUGUUUGUCUCAGUGACUCCCGAUGGGAAUAGUUUACACGCAGGGUUCUCUGCUGAGUGCAAAUCCUAUCAGUUCAUCCUGCUGGAUGGCAGUAGGGCUCUGCUUAUUUUUAAUAGAUUAUCAGUGAUUUCUUCUUAAUCAAUUUUCACUGCAAAUCCAGACAGUGUACCUGGUCUGAACCUGAAAUAACUGCUUCGUAAUUUCUUUUACAGAAAGUCAUCUUUUCUGUUUUCACAACACCAUCUUGAAACAAUUACCCUAAUUCUUUCUUUAAAAAAGAACCCCUGUAGUCUGCUGUUUUCUGUGUGGUAUUUGUUUUCACUUUGUAUAGAAAUAAAAAGAAUGCACAUGCGCAUUGGACCAGUGUUAUCUUGCAUCGCUUGUAAAGAAUUUUCCAUAUUCUUUUAGUUAAUUUCCAAAGUAUUUGCAAGGGAAGGGUGAGCCUAAUGCUGAGCAUGCUUAGGUUUUUUUGACAAGCCUGUUUUUGCUGGAUUUUUUUUCUUCGGGAGGGCGGUUUUGUUUCUUUUAGGUGUUUUUUUUUUUAAUUGUUCGUAUGAGUGGGUUUGCAGGAUUGGCAGUUGAUAAAUCUGUGUCAGUAGUAAACUUGGUUGUGAGUAAUUAAGACCGCAAACAGAAACGUUCUUGGUAUUUUUCACUGCAGCCUGACUCUCUAAAACCAGGCUUUCCUAGUGGUUAAGAGCAGCAUCAGACAAGGAGCUCCUAAUGAACUCUGUGGGAUAUGAAAGAAAUACUGGGAAAAACAAUAUUCAGAGCUCUUGCAAUUGGCUUGUAAAGCUGUUAAGAAUACCCCGUGGUUUUUGUCAGUCUUAAACACUUGUUUGUAAGCUGCGUUUUAAGUAUAUCUGAUAAGUCAUAAUUCAUUCUCCAUGUUAU